UUGAGCCCCUCAAGGUCACGGUCGAUCUCCUGAAGGUGCCCCUGGGCCUGAAGAAACCCCCCCUGAAGGAGGCCCUGGCCGCUCUCCCGGGAAAACCCAAAUCCCACAUCCUGGAGCGCCACAAAUCCCGGCGUUCCGACGCCAUGGAUAACGAGUCGCAGUAUUCCGGCUAUUCCUACAAAUCCGGCCAUUCCCGCAGCUCCCGCAAGCACAGGGAUCGGCGGGAGCGGCACCGCUCCAAGAGCCGGGAUGGGACGCGCGGGGACAAAUCCGUGACGAUCCAAGCGCCGGGAGAGCCUUUGCUGGACAACGAAUCCACGCGGGGGGACGAGAGGGACGACAACUGGGGCGAGACCACCACGGUGGUGACGGGGACGUCGGAGCACAGCAUCUCCCACGAUGACCUCACGCGCAUCACCAAGGACAUGGAGGACAGCGCCCACCUGGACUGCUCCCGCCACCUGGGCGUGGCCCUGGGCGUGGCCCUGGCGCUCCUGGCCUUCCUCACCCCCUUGGCCUUCCUCCUCCUCCCGCAGCUGCUGUGGCGGGAGGAGCUGGAGCCCUGCGGGACGCCCUGCGAGGGGCUCUUCAUCUCGGUGGCCUUCAAACUCCUCAUCCUCCUGCUGGGCAGCUGGGCCUUGUUCUUCCGCCGGCCCAAAGCCUUCUUCCCGCGCGUCUUCGUCUUCCGCGCCCUGCUGAUGGUGCUGGUCUUCCUGCUGGUCGUCUCCUACUGGCUUUUCUACGGGGUCCGCAUCUUGGAUUCCCGGGAUCGCAACUACCGGGGCGUGGUGCAGUUCGCCGUCUCCUUGGUGGACGCUCUGCUCUUCGUCCACUACUUGGCCGUGGUGCUGCUGGAGCUGCGGCAGCUCCAGCCCCAGUUCACGCUCAAGGCCGUGCGCUCGGCCGACGGCGCCAGCCGCUUCUACAACGUCGGCCACCUCAGCAUCCAGCGAGCGGCCGUGUGGAUCCUGGAGAAUUACUACCACGACUUCCCCGUCUACAACCCCGCCCUCCUCAACCUUCCAAAAUCCGUCCUCUCCAAGAAAAUGUCCGGCUUUAAGGUCUAUUCCCUUGGCGAGGAGAAUUCCACCAACAAUUCCACGGGGCAGUCGCGGGCGGUGAUCGCGGCGGCGGCGCGGCGGCGCGACAACAGCCACAACGAGUUCUACUACGAGGAGGCCGAGCACGAGCGCCGGGUGCGGAAACGCCGCGCCAGGCUGGUGGUGGCGGUGGAAGAAGCCUUCACCCACAUCAAGCGGCUGCAGGAGGAGGAGCAGAAGAACCCCCGGGAGAUCAUGGACCCCCGCGAGGCCGCCCAGGCCAUCUUCGCCUCCAUGGCCCGGGCCAUGCAGAAGUACCUGAGGACCACCAAGCAGCAGCCCUACCACACCAUGGAGAGCAUCCUGCAGCACCUGGAGUUCUGCAUCACCCACGACAUGACCCCCAAGGCUUUCCUGGAGCGGUACCUGACGGCCGGUCCCACCAUCCAGUACCACAAGGAACGCUGGCUGGCCAAGCAGUGGACGCUGGUCAGCGAGGAGCCGGUGACCAACGGCCUCAAGGACGGCGUGGUCUUCGUCCUGAAGCGCCAGGACUUCAGCCUGGUGGUGUCCACCAAGAAGAUCCCGUUCUUCAAGCUCUCCGAGGAAUUCGUGGACCCCAAGUCGCACAAGUUCAUCAUGAGGCUGCAGUCGGAGACCUCGGUGUGAUCGGCCGGGAUUUUUUUUGUUGUUGUUGUUGUUGUUUUUCCCCUCCCCUCCCCCCCAAAAAAAAAAUUCUUCCGGCUCCGAAUCUCCGAAUUUGGCUCGGAAAACGGGAAAAACGGGAAAAACGCUGCCGGCUCCGGCGCCUUCCUGGGAUCGUGACCGCUUGUGGUUUUUUUUUUGAGGUGGCUGAGCCCCUUUUCUUCCUCCUCUUCCUCUUCCUCAUUCCCGGAAUCCGGAUCCUUUGGAGCCGUAACUCAAGGGCUAAUUCCAAGAAUUCCCGACUUCCUUCUUCACCAGCGUUUGGGAGCAGCUCCGGGUCCCGCCGACCUUCUGCUCCUCUUCUCCUGGACAACUGUCCUGGCUCUGGCCUUAAACCCAAACCCGGCCCCCGGGGCUGGCUUUGGGAUCCCCAAAUUCCC